AUGGAACGUUGGCUUAAAGGUGUUAAACGUGUUGCAAGAACAUCUUCUAAUGACGCUGAAUGUUCAAAAGCAGUACGCGCAGAGAAUAUAGCAAUUACCGAUCCAGACGAUGAUGCCACGACGUCAAGCUCCACGGUUUCAAAGACGAAAAAAAGGAAGUAUGAUGAAUCAUAUAUCAGUUUCGGAUUUGUUAAUUCCAACGACUCAUCUCUCUGCAUGUUAUGUAGUAAACUGCUUCCUAAUAGUUCCAUGGCACCAGCCAAAUUGCGCAGACAUUUAGAAACUGUACACCCCGAGUCUAAAGACAAGAAUAAAGAAUUUUUUGUUCGUAAAAAAGAACAGUUAUUGGAAAGUCAAAAAAAUAUGAUGCAUGUAGCACAAACUAUCAAUGAAAAGGCCACGGAGGCAUCAUAUUUAGUUAGCUAUCGCAUUGCACAAGCAGGUGAAGCGCACACUAUCGCUGAGAAUUUAAUAAAGCCAUGUGUUAGAUAG